CAGGACUACUCUAUACUGGGAUUUAAAGAACCUUUUAUAGAACAGUUUUGAAUCAAGGUGUAAUCUAGGGAAGCUGAUUCAAGAUGACUACCCUGGGAGGGGUAACUACACUCGGAGGAGGUACAUCUGGGUACACCACUCUAAAUGUUGCCCUAAAGAUUGUUACGGAUGAUGGUAACAUACAGAUUUGGGGAAAUGAGGUGGCUGGCGAGGAAAUGUCUGAGGAGGCACAAGAGUUCCAGAGACUUUCUGAGAGGAUUAACAACACUAUGAACAACCAAAAUAUGUUUAAUGCAAUGCUGAGGGACUAUACCCCUGGCCAGGUUUGUUUGGGAAGACGAGUCCAGGAUAAGAUAUGGUACAGAGUUCGGCUAAUAGAUGUCAUUGGCACAACUAGAGGUCAACAAGCCAAGUGCUUGUUGUUAGAUUAUGCAGAGACAGAAAUGAUUCCAUGCUCUUGGCUUCGUGAGUCUCCCCAUAAAUUCCUGGAGAUCCCAUACCAAGCUAAGGAGUUUGUACUGUACAAGAUUCAGCCCUGCACCCUACAGACCAAUCUCGACCUUACUGUAACAAAUACGCCAUGUAAACAAUGGGAUCCAUCAGCUGAGAAGUUUAUACGUGACCAAGUGAAGGCAGCCUCCAGCGCUCAUGUUGAGUUGAGACAUGUAGAGAAGGGUCUAUUUAACAGUGUUAAGCACCAGGCUUUGAUCUUCAUCAACUCCAAUGGAGAAACUACAUGUCUUAAUGAUCUGCUAGUACAGCGUGGAUAUGCAAUGUCGAAAGAUCAUAUUGAACCUGUUGACCUGGCAACCGAUUCUCCAUUUACUGUGGGUGGUGCAAGAAAGGACAGCAUGAACCUGGCCCCAAAGACUCAACCCCCACCCUCUGGGCCUGAUGUUUCUGUCGAGGAGAUCCCAGGGUUAAACAUGGAAGGCCUUACUGCCGAGCAGAAACGAUUGCUUGAAAUAGCCUUGAAGCCUCAUCCUGGUUCUUAUAUAGCAGCCAAAGACCAAGAUGACCAGUCUGAUACUAGUUCAAAUAGUAGCGAGAAGUUGCGCAAACACCGCACCCGCAUACAGGAAACUCCUUCAACCUCUGUGCUGCCAUCUAUUGGAGAUGUAUCAGAAGAGUCACGUAUUGUAAAUUCUGGGACCUCUAAUGUGCAGUCCCAGAACCAGCCAUUUUUUGUCUCACCUGUUAGUCCUGUCAUCAGAGGAGGACUUAAACCCAGAAGUCAAAACACAGGAGGUAUGCAACCAUCAUCCAGAGAAGUUAGUCCAGAAAAAGAGCUCCAGCUUAGACCUGGUAGCCCACGUGUUCGGGGUUUACUACAACUUAGCCCAAAUGCAGGGAAUAUUUCCCAACCCAUGGUUCCUAGCAAGGGAGGUAUGUUAGAACCAAGAAUUCCAGGAAUGAUGGGUAUUCCUCAACCAGCAAGCCCUAGUGCCAGAGAUACCCACCUUUCAAGUCCACUAUCCCCAAGAUCAAGUUCCACUGGUCAGAUAACAACAAGAGCUCAAAAGCUGCUUCAAGUAAUGGCAGGUAAUAAAUCUCUUUCAAGCCCUGUAAGAGAGGUGUCAAAAGAAACAUUAAAUCCUCAGAUUUUGGGAUCUCCACCACCCAGAGUUCAAAGAAUGCUCCAACCAUCAAUGAAAGAUCAAAUUGAAAUAUCUCAAAGUGAGGCUGGAUUUAAUCAAAGUGAGGCUAGGUCAAACCAAAGUGAGGCUGUAUGUCAAAGUGUCCCAGUGCCAAAUGUAACAAGUGAUGCAAGUGAUUUCAAUACAUUGUCCACAACAGAUAAACUUAACAUUUUCAUGUCUAAAUCUCCAACUGCAUCUGUUGAAAGUCCACCAAAGUCUGAGCCAAACACAAAUAAACCAUUAACUAGAUCUGAAAUCUUGAAACAAGUUUUAUUAGAAAAAAGUGCUGUUAAAUCUAAGCCAUCUUCUGUUAGUUCUCAGCUGGAUGUGGUUCAAUUGAGUGCUCAACAAGCUGUUGUACAAUCAAGUGUUUCACAAAAUAUGGCA